GAGAUAGGAUUCGUGGUCAGGUCGAUCAAACAGCUCCCGCAGAUCGGAACCCGACAUGAUUUUCAUGGUUGCCUUCGCUGUGAGUCUCAUACCGCAAUCUACGCAGAUUUCGCCCGCAAAACCCCCGGAUUACUACUGGCAACACGUAGAGCCGAACGAGCCUGUACCGAGCAACGCCAUAACAGGUGGGAUAAUCCUCGAAGCGGACAGCAAUGACCCUGGAUUGAAUGUGUUCGUAGCCCGCAAAAAAAUCAAAGGCUUGAACCGCGUCGGAAAACUCUACGACCCGGUUAAGACCGGCAAAUGGCUUUCGUUCUUCCUGAUCGACGGAGCCGAACAGGCGCUGGCAAACGAGUCUCUGGAAGUUCUCGUGUCAUCUGUACCCGAUCUUAUGCGGUGGAUGCCGACAUCUGGCGGAGUUAUCCCACGUAAGGCUGUAUACUUCUCGAACGACGCAGGCACCCGUCGUUAUAUUUGCAGAGGCAUCAUGAAAGGCACCCCAGAGAAAGCAUUGGUGGUUGUACCUGGCGAAGCCACAAUCGACUUGGGAUGGUGUCAAACCUUCUGGUACACCCGAGGCAUUCACAUGGAGUAUCAGGUGCUGGUGAAACUCGAGGGUGACGACACUUGUUAAAAUCGUCUAGAGAGGCCAGAAGGCUCUUCCCCCCGAGGAGGCGGUGCUGCGAAGCUCUCCUGCGAGUAUUUUACUCCAUCUGGUCGGUGGGCUCGGCGGACGGCUAUCAUGGAAAACUGGAAGAUUUCUUCGAAAGCUCUCCUAGGGGAUUCCGAAGUCGAAUUCUGUUUAUAUCAAACGGAUGAAAGGGUUGCUCGAUAUCUGAGCGCUCAUAGUCCCUAGCAUAGAAAAAUAUCAAGCGGAGUGCUUUGAGAAGAUA